AUUGCCAUCUUCUAGGUUACUCCUUCUCGCAGGUUGAUACAAUGCUGCGCCGCGAGGGCUUGGUCCACACGCCGCAACAACUGGCAUAUCUGGGCGACGCAGUUUGGUCGCUGCAUGUCCGCUGCAAGUACCUCAGCCCGCCCAAAAACUUCGCAGCGUAUCGGACAGCCGCAGAGCGUCACGUCAGUGCGGCACGCCAGUCAUCAUACUUGGAUUUGCUGUUGGCUUCCGGGUGGCGGCUGCGUCCAGAGGAGUCACGCUUGGUUCGUUGGGCCCAACGCGAAAUGAGUGACCCGCGGUUCCGUCCCAAGUAUUCGGCGGCAGGUGGCCAGCUGGGCGCGUACCGCAAGGCCACGGCGUUCGAGGCCCUGAUCGGGCACUUAUCCCUAGAGGACCAACCCAGGCUGCAACAGCUGCUAGAGCUGCUAGAGCCUCACAUGGCAAAACAUGACGAGCAAACCGACAGUAGCAGGCAGUAGCAGCAGCGGCAGCAUAGAGCAGCAGUAGCAAUAGCGCUGGGCAUGGAAUUGCGGGAGAGGUACAGCAUGGUCCCAUGGAGCAGAGGUAUGUGUUUGAGUUAAGCUGCUUUAUCAGGACAUGUUUUAAAACGAUAAAGCUGAUACCAGUGAUAGAGGGGGGGCUGUGGGGGGAUGAGUGGGUGGGUAGGCGUGUCGAGGUUCUGUUUGAACCCCCUUAGAUGCUGUUGCUGCAUUCCCACAGCAUGGCAUGAUGUUGUAAUGAACUAAGUCGCGGGGAUGAAUCGCUGGAGCUGCCAUGCAGAGCACAUACGUAUAUAUUUGUGUAUGUAGAUCCGAAUCUAAUGUGCCGAAGCUUGUUUUUGCCAUGUUCGUUUUCGUGCUGUCGUGCAAUGAUAUUCGUACCGCUAAAAUGGGCGAUAACGGUAAUGGCUGUGGUGGUGUUGAUGAUGGCUACGGCGUUGGCGGUAAUGAUGUGCAUAUUGGCGGAGUGAUGAUGCCCGGCGCUGUUUGGGUCAGAAGGCUCAGAUGGCUGCCGCGAAGUGGGGGCCAUGGCCUGACAUCGCGCCUUGGCAGCUGGGCUGCAUUUACCUUUCAGCGUACGGCAAUGCCGCCUUUUGGUGUACGGCAAUUACGGCACUUUACACGGCGCAUAAUUGUGCGCGGUCCCGGGCCCAUAUUUCUGCGUUGAUUUGCUACGGGAUUUGCUACGGAUUGUGAAACCGGAGAAUGACUUUCGAGGGCCAUUUGUCAUAUUUUUAUUUCUCCGGGCUGCAAUAGUGUACUCGUGCGUUUGUUUGUGCCUUCUUCGUCGGGUAGCUAUGGUGGAUGGUGGCGGUGAUUUAACGGCCCAGACCCAGCUCC